AUGAAUAAACAGACCUUCUCAUUAAUCUACAGAUUGGUACAAAUAUCUAUAGCUGCUGCCUUAUUGGCGAUUUUUUGUGUCAUUAAUAAAUUAGAUACUUAUGAUAGUCCAUGGUUAUGGCAUAUCUUAAUGUCUGGGUUCACCAUAUCCUAUGUGAGUUUGACUUUGGGUCCUUGUGUACCUCCGUUAGUUAUAGUAAUCCUUGAAAUAUGUUAUUUGGUUAAUUGGGGUGUCUUAGUGGGUUUUACUUGGAUCCCUUUUAUGCCUCAGUAUUGCGAAGAACCUAGUAAAGUGUGUCAUUUAGGAUUAUCCACUUUGGUAUUGGUAACUAUUCUUGCGUUUUCAUUUGUAGUAUCAUUGUCAAUGGUUAGUGUGUUUGUUAUACGUAAGAUGGACAUUUAUCAUCAACAGGAGUUGAGGUCAUUCAAAGGAUAUAAGAAAAUGGUUGUGGGUUCAAUGUUCUUAAAAGACACACCCAUUACUGAAGAAUCUGACUCUGAUCAUAAGAGUAACCUUUGGUAA